GGAGUCGCGGCCGCCGGCAGCUCGGGCUCGGCUGGUUCCGGGUUGAGAGGCUGCGCUGGACCGAAGCGGUGGCUGCUGAGCCGGCGGGGUAAGGGACCGCGCCGGGCCGGGGCUCGGGCAGUGGAGCAGGCCGGCGCCUCUCCUCUCUCCUGCAGAGCACAGCCGCUGUGCUCCUCAGCCUGGCUGCCCCCUCCCCCUGGACUCCCCAUUCCCAGCCUCUCCCCCUCCAGGGAGCUGAAGGAGCAGCUUCAGGCCCUUCAGGACAGCGAGCGGGAGCACACAGAGGCCCUGCAGCUGCUUAAGCGACAGCUGGCGGAGACCAAGUCCUCCACCAAGAGCCUGCGCACCACCAUCGGCGAGGCCUUCGAGCGGCUGCACCGGCUGCUGCGCGAGCGGCAGAAGGCCAUGCUGGAGGAGCUGGAGGCCGACACGGCGCGCACGCUGACCGACAUCGAGCAGAAAGUGCAGCGCUACAGCCAGCAGCUGCGCAAGGUGCAGGAAGGCGCCCAGAUCCUGCAGGAGCGGCUGGCCGAGACCGACCGGCACACCUUCCUGGCCGGGGUGGCCUCGCUGUCCGAGCGGCUCAAGGGGAAAACCCACGAGACCAACCUGACAUACGAAGACUUCCCGACCUCCAAGUACACAGGCCCCCUGCAGUACACCAUCUGGAAGUCCCUGUUCCAGGACAUCCACCCAGUCCCAGCCGCCCUGACCUUGGACCCGGGCACUGCUCACCAGCGCCUCAUCCUGUCCGACGACUGCACCAUCGUGGCCUACGGCAACCUGCACCCCCAGCCGCUGCAGGACUCGCCCAAGCGCUUCGAUGUGGAGGUGUCGGUGCUGGGCUCGGAGGCCUUCAGUAGCGGCGUCCACUACUGGGAGGUGGUGGUGGCCGAGAAAACGCAGUGGGUGAUCGGCCUGGCCCACGAGGCCGCGAGCCGCAAAGGCAGCAUCCAGAUCCAGCCCAGCCGCGGCUUCUACUGCAUCGUCAUGCAUGACGGCAACCAGUACAGCGCCUGCACGGAGCCCUGGACGCGGCUCAACGUCCGGGACAAGCUGGACAAGGUGGGCGUCUUCCUGGACUACGACCAGGGCCUGCUCAUCUUCUACAAUGCCGACGACAUGUCCUGGCUCUACACCUUCCGCGAGAAGUUCCCGGGCAAGCUCUGCUCCUACUUCAGCCCCGGCCAGAGCCACGCCAAUGGCAAGAACGUGCAGCCCUUGCGGAUCAACACCGUGCGCAUCUAGCCCCAGCCGGGGCUGACCCCAGCUUCUCUCGGGGCGGCUGCCACCACCAGGAGCCCUGCCCAGGACACACGGGAGGCCUGGGCUCCAGCCGGCCUCGGCCACCUCCAGCCCCCAUUGCCCUGUGUGAAAGGUGGAGGUUGUGCUCCACAAAGCUCUAAACUCCUCCAGCAUGGAUGCUCUGUGGCUCUGACCUUGAGGGGAUGCAGCAUUGGUCCAAGGAUGCGACAUGGCUUCUCCUCAGGGCAGCCCCUGCCCAGCCCUCAGCCCCUUCCUCCAGGGGCAAGAGACUGACUUCCUCCCGUGUCUGCCCCCUGCCCAGCUGCUGUGGCCUCAGGACCUGCCAGAUGUGGCCAGCAGCCAGCAGCUCAGAAGACACGUGAACGCCUUCCUUGCCCCUGACCAAGCUCGUGAUGGGCAGCUUUAAGCUGGACUCCAGCCCACGGUGGGCACAAGCCGCAGCUGGCCCUAGGAAGUCUGAAACCCACCCUCCUCUGCCCAGAGGUGGGUGGUUCCUGCUUUUCCCAUGGAUCUGCAGGUCAGAGAUGAUGCCUGUGGAGCCUGUAGUAGAGCCCACAUGGCACCGUCACUGUGCCACCACCUUCUGCCCAGGCCUGCUGCGGGAUGAGGGCACACCCGAGGCCGAGGCAAGGGCCACUAGCCCAGAGGUAUCUGCAGGACCAGCAGCACCGGACAGGGGUCCAGCCAGGCCUCUGUGCCCUGCUGGGGAUGGGGAGGCAUCCAGACACAGGUGCUUGUUUCCAUCUGGACCUGCGCCCUGGGAGGGGCUGUCGCCAUUGACUGCCUUACCAUCCCCCCAUCGGACUUGGCAUCUGUGUUGGGAUCCUGACACAGGAACAAGAACCUCUCUGGCUGGUUUAAUUAGACCAGGAUGUAUCACCAGAUCCCUGAUGGCUUUUAGAGUCAUUGGCAAGGGCCGGGGAGCAGAAUCCUUGCCGAGUUUCCAGGAACGGCUCCCAGCUGCCAAAUUCAAGUCCAUUGUGACCCGGAAAGCUGCUCCCCUCUGUGGGAAGCCACUGCCUGAGAAACCACUGGGCUGCAGAACUGUGCUGCCCCUGCCGCCGUCCAGGCCAACCAAUGGAUGUCCGGAGGCCUGCCUCUCUCCCACCUAACUCAGGUCUCAAAUCCACAUCUCCACGUGCAGUUCUGUUUGGAGAAACUGAAGUCAUAGCCAGACCCUUGGCUGCAGGGGAGUCUGGGAAAUGUAGCUGACUUCUUUCCAGCUGCAACCACACACACAAAAAGCCGCUGGAAGGCAGUCGGAAUGGAUGUUGGGCACGCCCAGCCGUGCUGCUCCCCACAGCAUCCAACCGUGAGGCACUCAGGCUGGAGUCGGCCUCUGGGCCACGGCGUGAAAGCAGCAGGGCCUCCAGGUGCCCUGCUCCAAGGCCCUGGACCUGCCCAGAGGUGGGAACCCAAGGACUGGGCCUCCAGGCAGCAGAGUCCCCUCUGUCCUGGGGCCUAGGGGGUCUCUGAGCCCACCCAUCCCAAGGGAGCCACAAUAGCUGAACUUGGGGGGUUUCUGCCCACCGGGCCCUCCUCUGAGCUAGGGGUGUCCUCAGCCCUGACCUACCCGCUCAGCUACCAGAAUCUGAGCCCCUGACAGCAGUAUUUUUAUUUAAAACAUUGCCCAUUUUGUGCGUUAGGGUCCAUUUGUAUUAAAUCUACGUUACAGGG